AUGUCUGGAAUUAGCAAAGCCUGCUGCUCGUUCAAUCCCCCUGUUGUGUCCAAGGGUUAUCAACCCAAGGGAGAAUACAAGACCAUCAAUGGCCUGAAGACCUACGUGACAGGCCCGGAAUCAGCUACCAAGGCCAUCCUGGUCAUAUUUGACAUCUUCGGCUUCUUCGACCAGACCGUCCAAGGUGCUGAUAUCCUUGCUACGUCGACCGACCAAAAAUACCGCGAGCACAAGGAGAAGCUGGGCCACUUCUUCUCAACUAAGGCUGCGCCACCCCAAACCCUUUCCAAGAUCCCCAACGUCGUCGCCGAAGGCAACAAGCUAGCCCCUGGCGGUAACUUCGAAUCUUGGUCGAUCCUGGGCUACUGCUGGGGCGGCAAGAUCGCUUGCCUGUCCUCUGGGGCCGAUAACAAGCUAUUCAAGGCCGCUGUGCAGUGCCACCCGGCUAUGGUCGAUGCCAAUGAUGCAAAGGCCGUGAACAUCCCCAUGGCGUUGCUCGCCUCAAAAGACGAGCCUGCCCAAGAUGUCAAGGACUUUGAGGCCAACUUGAAGGUCCCCAAGUAUGUCGAGACUUUCCCAACUCAGAUCCACGGCUGGAUGGCUGCGCGAUCGGACCUGGAAAACGCCGAGGUGCGCAAGGAGUAUGAGCGCGGAUACAAGACCGUUCUCGAAUUCCUCCACCAGCACUCGUAA